GAGCUUACCGGAGGAAACACUCUCCUUUUAGUGGUCCUAGACUACAGUUUCGGUUCUAAAUCUGAGGGGAAGGGCUCAUCGAUAUUUCUGGUUGCGGCUACAAUGUCCUAGACACUGAGUCCCACAGAGGCCUCUCAGGCGCUGCACUGCGCCGGCUGGGGUAAAGCCCUAAGCACUGUAGCGUUCGUAAGGUAGCUAGGGGUGUGAGGUUGCAAACCGGGCCGUUUUUUCAGAUUUCCCUCCAGACAAGCCAGGAAAGGCCACUCAUUUCUCUCGGGAGGGGAGUACUUUUGUUCUACAGCUCUCGUUUCUUAGGGGAACAGAAUUGCUAGACGCAAUAGGUGCGUUGUCUUUAGUCUUCCCCAGUCCCUCUGAGAGCCGGAAGGGGUUAAAUGCCAGGCUCCUUCAGCUUGGGAGAAGUUAUCAUACUCAAUAUGUUUCCACUGAGUGAAGAAAACAAGUAUGUGGCCCAAGUGUUGCUCAAUACUGGUACCUGCCCAAGGUGUAUCUUGAGAUUCUGUGGUGUGGAUUUUCAUGCACCUUACAGACUUCCCUACAAGGAGUUGCUCCAUGAUCUACAGAAAUUUUUGGAAACUGAAAAAGAUGAAUUAAUUUUGGAAGUUCCAAACCUACCUCCCAAGAAAAUUAGGCUACAAGAAUUGGAAGAUGGGAUUGAUAAUCUGAGUCAAAAUGGGGAGGGCAGAAGCUCGGAAACAGAAGACGGAAGCAUUGGUUCCAAGAACUCAAAUUUCACUGUAUGCAAUGUUUGUCUAGGAAUUCUUCAAGAGUUCUGUGAGAAGGAGUUCAUUAAAAAGGUAUGCCAAAAGGUUGAGACCUCUGGGUUUGAAUUCACCAACUUGGUGUUUUCAGUCUCCUUCCCACCACAGCUGUCUGUAAGAGAGCAUGCAGCAUGGUUGCUGGUAAAACAGGAAAUGGGAAAGCAGAGUCUGUCGCUGGGGAGAAGUGAUGUAGUUCAGUUAAAAGAAGCCUACAAAUGGAUAACACACCCUUUGUUUUCAGAGGAACUGGGUGUUCCCAUCGAUGGAAAGAGUUUAUUUGAAGUGAGUGUGAUCUUCGCUCACCCAGAAACAGUUGAGGAUUGCCACUUCCUAGGUGCAAUUUGCCCAGAUUGUUUCAAGCCAGCUAAAAACAAACAGUCGGUGUUCACCAGAAUGGCAGUUAUGAAAGCUUUGAAUAAGAUAAAAGAGGAAGAUUUUCGCAAGCAGUUUCCUUGUCCUCCAAACUCGCCAAAGGCUGUAUGCACUGUUCUUGAAAUUGAAUGUGCGCAUGGUGCUGUUUUUGUGGCUGGGAGAUAUAAUAAAUUUUCCAGAAAUCUACCACAAACUCCUUGGAUAAUUGAUGGAGAAAGGAAGCUGGAAUCUUCAGUGGAAGAAUUAAUUUCAGAUCAUUUACUGACAGUAUUUAAAGCAGACAGUUUUAAUUUCUCAUCCUCUGGAAGAGAAGAUGUAGAUGUGAGAACAUUAGGGAAUGGAAGGCCCUUUGCAGUCGAGCUGGUGAAUCCUCAUAGAGUCCAUUUCACUUCACAAGAAAUGAAGGAACUUCAGCAGAAAAUUAAUAAAUCAUCCGACAAAAUCCAAGUACGUGACUUGCAGCUUGUCACAAGAGAAGCAAUAGGACAUAUGAAAGAAGGUGAAGAAGAAAAGACCAAGACCUACAGUGCCUUAAUAUGGACAAAUAAAGCAAUACAGAUAGAAGACAUCGAGUUCCUAAAUGACAUAAAGGACCUGAAGAUUGACCAGAAAACACCUCUGCGCGUGCUUCACCGAAGGCCUCUGGCUGUGAGAACACGAGUCAUCCACGCCAUGGAGACGCACUUCGUGGAUGAGCACCAUUUUCGCCUGUGUCUGAAGACCCAAGCUGGCACCUACAUUAAAGAGUUUGUACAUGGAGACUUCGGGAGAACCAAGCCAAACAUUGGCUCUCUGAUGAAUGUGACUGCAGACAUUCUUGAGCUCGAUGUGGAGUCUGUCGAUGUUGACUGGCCCCCUGCUCUGGAUGAGUAGCCCUGGACUCGGGAUGCAGUGGGUUUUCCUAGCAUGCUGUGGACAUCGUGCCCCACACCUGUCUAACAGCUCUUUUCUACCAUAGCGGUGUCUUGAAAACCAUCUGGAUCAUGUUGAUCUCUUUUUAAACUUUGUUGUAAGAUCUCAGGACCUAUCUGUAUGUAUGUGUGCAUUCCAAAGGUGUCUGUGACUUUCCUCAUUCCCACUUUCCCUCCACAAACAACCACUAUGAAUAACAAAACCAUCCUCCUCCUUAAUUUUUUUAUAGAGAGGUACACAAACAUGAAACUUUUUUGUUAAGUUUCAGCAUGAUUUCACAGGAGACAUACUACCUUUAAAUUCAUAUGCCAAAUUUUAAAAAUUAUUUGAAUAAAAGUUAUAACUGUAAUAUUCUGAAUAUCCUAUCAGAGCUUAACAAUAUCAAAUGCAAAUCUGACCUCAAUAUUUUCCCUGGUAAGUAUCAAGUAAACUAUUACCAGUGAAAGUACUUGGGGCUGUUAUUUAUCAUAAAUCAUAAUGACUUCAAGUUACUAUUUUUGAUAGUCUAAAAUUACCAGUACAUGUAUCUUAUGGUGGGAAACUUUAGAAAUGCAUAUUAUGGUAAGAGACUUACAUAAAUAUUUUAAAUAAGGAAAUACAAGUGCCUUCAACAGGUUAAGAAUCUGAAACAGAUCAGGCAUGGUGGCAUACGUCUGUAAUCCCAGUGCUUGGGAGGCUGAGGCAGGAAGAUUGCCAGCCUGGGCUACAUAGUGAGUUCAAAGGUAGUCUGAAGUAUAUAGAGAGACCCUGUCUGAAAAAAAUUCAUAUUUAAAUAUAAUUUCCAUCACAUGAUUCAACUAUAUGAGCUUUUUUAAGGACACAUAUGACUUUGUAUUACAUUUCUCAGUCUCAUCUCUAUAUUAAACAUAGUUCACUGAUACAAAGAGUCACUGUAGAGAGCAGGAAAAAUGAUUUCCACUGACAUGAAAAAAAAUCCUACUACCUUGACACUGUGUUUAUCAGAUGUGAAUAAUAAUAAUAAUCAAUUUUUUUUUUUUUGCUAUUUUCAAUGCCAGAAAAUGAGAAAGAGGUAACAAAUAAAUUUCAGUAAAAACAUAAGAACUUC